AUGAGGUACCUCAGUGCUAAUCAAUUUGAAGUAUACGAAGAAAUAGGGAAAGGUGGAUUUGGUGUUGUUUACAAAGCUCUCGACAAAGUUACCAAGUGCCCUGUUGCCAUAAAGCAGAUAGACUUAGAAAGUACGGAUGAUAUAGACUCAUUACAAAAAGAAAUCAAGAUCCUAAGUCAAUGUAAGCUUAAACAGAUCACACAAUACUUUGGAUGUUUUGUCAAAGGUUACAAAUUAUGGAUCAUUAUGGAGCUAUUGGAUGGUGGUUCAUGCCUUGAUAUGUUGGUCGCUGGUCCUAUAAGAGAGAAAUGCAUUGCUGUACUGUUUAAAGAACUAUUAAUAGCAUUGGAUUAUCUUCACUCAAAUGGGAAAAUACAUCGUGAUAUAAAAGCUGCUAAUAUUCUGUUGAACUCUCAAGGUGAUGUCAAGAUUGCUGAUUUUGGUGUUUCAACUCAAUUGUCAAAUAAUUUAUCAAGAAGAAACACAUUUGUCGGUUCUCCUUAUUGGAUGUCACCGGAGGUCAUUUUGGAGGAAGAAUAUAAUUUCAAAGCUGAUAUAUGGUCUUUAGGAAUAACCGCCCUUGAAUUGGCAACUGGGAAACCACCAUUAUCCAACAUACCUCCAAUGAAGGCACUCUUCAAAAUACCAGAGAAUGACCCACCAAUUCUCGAAGGUCAAGAAUUUUCACAAGAUUUCAAACAAUUUGUUGCGUUAUGUUUACAAAAAAGUCCUCAGAAUAGGCCAAGUGCUAAAAGAUUAAUGAAAACAAAAUUUAUACAGAAUGCUGGUAAGACAUCUAUCGUUGGUGACCUAAUCAAAAGGAGACAAGUUUGG